AUGUGGCGGGAAAGUUCAAAUAUUGGAAGAAAUCAGACGAGUUCUUACUACGUUGACAACACGUUAAAACAUAGUUUUUCUAAUAAAACUACAGCAAAACAAAAGUCAAACGACUUAAAGAUGCCGCAGCCUGAUGAGCCGUACUACUGCUCACAGCAAAUACAAAUUCCCCCUGCUCUUCCUGACAUCCUAAAACAGUUUACAAAAGCUGCCAUAAGGACACAGCCUAAAGAUGUCCUCGGUUGGUCUGCAGCAUACUUCAGAGCAUUGGCUAAUGGUGAGACACCACCAGUUAAAGAGAGACUUGAGAUGCCAGUUGCAACACAAAAAACAGACACUGGUCUAACCCCAGGAUUACUUAGAAUUCUCAACAAACAGCUUGGCCCCAGAAAGACAGUAGACCUAAACAUAAUUGAAGAGAAGUGGAAAGAUCUAGCUCUACCUAAAGAACAGUUUGAUGAGCUAGUGAGAAUAGGUGGCUUUGGAGGAACCAUCGAAUGGUUGAGAUACUUUGCUCUUGGUUGCUCAGCAUUAGGAGAGAACAUCACAGAUGCCAUGAAGACCGUUUGUGAGAUCCUAACUGCAGAUCCCGAUGGUGGUCCAUCCAGAAUUCCAUUCCCCUUGUUUAAAGACCUUUACACAUAUCUAGCUAAAGUUGAUGGUGAAAUCUCACAGGAACACAUUAAUGAAGUCACAUCACACCUGCAAUAUUAUGUGGAUAAACAGGAAGGAUAUGUUCAACCAAGAAACUUCACCAGUCCAGAUUGCCCAAAGUUGUCGUAAAACAUGGACAUAACUUAUCAAUUACAAUACUAUGAUUUUCUUUAUCAUCACAUUUAAUAUCCAUGUUGAACUCAGUAAAUGAGAUUAAAUGAGAGCAAAUAUUCACUUAUGAUUUUCUCUAUCAUUACAUUCAAUAUCCACAUUGAAUUCAGUUUUAUAAUAUGCAAGAACAUUAUAUUCCCACAUGUGGCGUCUGGACAUUCAUUCAAUUGUAAAUCUCAGAGUUACUUUCUAUGUUUCAUUUUAGACCAAAGUCUCUAUUAUUCAUUCAAUUAUACACAUUAUAUCAAUAAUGGUGUUGAUCUACAUCUUCAAGUAGAUAUUGGGAACUGACAUCAAAUUAUUACAGCUGCUUGGCAUCUAUGCAGUUACUGUACAUAUUAUACUAAAAUUAGUUUCUACUGAAGUACCACUGUAUGAAGUGGAUGAUUCGAAUAUUACUUCUACAAAAUCAAUAUCACAUUUUUGUUAUAUACUUUUUGCUCAAUGUAAAGAUAUUUUUACAUGUUGAACUAAAAGGAGUAAAGACAAUCUAAACACAGAGCUGACAAGUAAUUACAAAUAUCUUUGUCAUAAAGUGAAUAAUGACAGGUGAUUUUAGUUCAUGUAUUGAUUUAGCCAUGCUGUAUUUUAUUGCCUACCAGGCCCUAAAUCAUUUAGGUUUAAUUUAUUUAAUUUUUAACAUAAUCAUAAAUGAUUUGAAAAAUUAUUUUUCAUGUACGAAUUGGCCAAAUUGAAACAGUUCUCUACUUUAUCUUUCACCAGUUUCAUUCCAUUUACAUUUUAUAGAAAUAUAAAAUGUUUCUUUGUACAUAUGUAUAUUUUAUGUAUUAAUAAAUAUAUAGUCUAAUGGUUAAAAAUAA